AUGGAGGGCAAAGAGAGAUUUUACUGUGGUGGUAGACUAAUAUUCGGGCCAGAUGUAACUUCUCUACCGCUUACAAUACUUCUUAUAGCUGGACCUUCUGUAGUAUUUACAUGCCAAGUUAUCGCUAAAAUCCACAAAUCUGAGAAGAUUGCUCAUGAUGAGUAUGCUGACAAGCAUAGCAAAAUACUUGGAUAUCCAGUACUAGUAUUUACAAUAUUUCUUACAGUAGCAGAUAUGAUUUUUCUCUUGUUAACUUCUGGUCGGGAUCCAGGUAUAGUACCAAGAAGUAUUAGACCAUUGGAUCCAGAUGAAAACUUUGAUGUAGCUACUCCAUCCAUGGAAUGGGUCAGUGGAAGGACACCGAAUUUGAGAUUUCCCCGAACAAAGGAUGUUACUGUCAAUGGUUUUAUUGUUAAAGUAAAAUACUGCGAUACAUGCUUCCUUUAUCGACCGCCACGUGCUUCUCAUUGUUCAGUCUGCAACAAUUGUGUUAUGAAGUUUGAUCACCAUUGCCCAUGGGUCGGUCAGUGCAUAGGUCUACGAAAUUAUCGGUUCUUUUUCAUGUUUAUAUCAUCAGCAACAUUUCUUUGCAUCUACAUCUUCACCUUCUCAUUGAUGAAUAUUUUUCAAGAAAGGAAAUUUUAUUCCUCCCUUUGGAGGUCAAUGAGCGCUGAGGUUUUGUCCCUUGUGCUCAUCAUCUAUACAUUUUUAGCAGUUUGGUUUGUUGGUGGUUUGACAGUGUUUCAUCUCUAUUUAAUCAUCACAAAUCAGACAACUUAUGAGAACUUCCGAUACCAUUAUGAUAAGAAGGUGAAUCCAUAUAACAGGGGAUUGUUCAGGAACUUCAUCGAUAUAUUUUUCUCAAGAAUGCCACCUUCAUUGAAUGAUUUCCGAUCAAGUGUGCUCGAAGAUCCAAUAACAUUCAAGUCUAGCACUCCUAAAUUCAGCUUGAAUAUUAUCAACCCAAAUGAAAAAAUCAAUGUGGAUAUAGGCAACAAGCUAACAUUUGACAACAAUAGCCAAAUUCCAAGCAUACUGAAAGAUUUCGAUUAUGGUAUCAUUGAUAAUGAUGCAAAGGAUAAGAACAGGACAGACAACAAUGAUCCUGAUCCUUUCGCUUUACUUGUAAAUCAAGAACCUAUUUUUGAUGAACCGAUUGAGACUGAGGAAAGAUCUAGUGAAGUUCUCGACUUACAAGAAAUGCCAGUUUGUUUCGAUCAAGAUGCUGAGCUUAGACGACCAUGA